CGUGCAUGUGAUUUGCAUAUCGGAUCAUGUAAAAUGCCAACUCUCAAGUGCCAAUGAUUGCAGAAAAUAGUUAGCUAGAUUCGUUAUCAAUCGGUAGUUUAGGUUGCUGUGUUUGUCUAGUUCUUUCUAAACCUGACCACACUGCGUCUGGUGUGGAGAGAGGAAUAGCAUACCGUAGACAGUAGGAUAGAUAUGCAGUAGCAACAACAAGCCUUGGAUCGUGUGAGAUGAUGAUAGGAUUUUUAUUUUCUUUGAAUCAAAUCUAACCAAAGCUUCAAUUGCUACCUGCAGAAGCAGACAAAAAUGUUGUUUAUAGAAUAGCACACCAGACUUCGUUGGUUUGCAGCCUCUGGUUUUAUCCGCACUCUUUCUGUUCGGAUAUAUAACACAUCAGAGAAAAUGGCGGAACUUGAGAAGGAAGGACUGAACCAAACAAUGCAUGAGAACCAAGAUGAAGAUGAGCCCCAUUAUACUGAUGACACUAAGACAAGCAAGARGCAAGACGACGCAAGUUUCGAGGAAAAGCUAAUUGAAGAGGUCAGAAGGUACAACAAUUUGUACAACACCUCAUUGAAAGACUAUAAAGACUUCACAAUAACCAGUAACAGCUGGAAGGAGAUAGCCCAAACUCUGAGAGUAGAAGAACAGAUUUGCAGGACGAAAUGGAAGAAAUUGAGAGACAGAUAUGUCAGACUGAGGAGGAAAAUUAAGGGGAAGAGUGGGGAUGCAGCAUCAGGAAUACAAACACAAAUACUCACCACACUGUCCUGGCUGUCUGGCUAUAUAAAACACAAGGAGACGAAGUCAGACUAUCCACAGGCAGAGGAGAUGGACACCUCAGAAGACCUGCAAGAUGACAACCUGAUCAAGCAGGAACACUUCCACAGUUCUAAUAAUGAACAGCAAGAUGCACAUUUGGUAGUUAGGAGGAACGUAAUAUUAGAACGAACUAAAUUCAACCAAAGACAACAGGAAGCAGGAGAGACAGCUGAUGAUUUUAUCACUGCACUUCAUUGUUUGUCAGAACAUUGUGGUUAUGGAGCUCUGCUCAGUGAGAUGAUAAGAGACCGACUAGUCGCAGGCUUACUUGACAGAAGACUGUCCAAGCAAUUACAAAUGGACCCAGAACUAACACUGGAUAAAGCUGUCACACGCAUUCGUCAAACUGAAAUUGUGAAAAAGCAACAGGACCUGCCGGAGAAUAACUUCAAAGCUGCCAGCAGCAGAGAAAAUGAAAGCCGUGUGCUUUCAUAUAGAAAGCAUCAAUGCCCAGCCAAUGUCCAGUGCCAAUCAGAGAAGAAGAAUCAAAACUCAGAAAGACCACAACAACCCCAAACAACACAGGAGAAUGCAGAAGAUCCCCUAGAUACUGAUGACACUGAUGGCUUCAGUCCUGGAGGAGAAAAGCGUCACUACUGCGCUUACUGCAGUAGGAGCUUUCAAAAAGUGAGGGAUCUUAUAAGACACCAGCGAACGCAUACUGGAGAGAAGCCUCACCACUGCCCUGAUUGCGACAGAAGUUUUGCUCGAUUAGAUAAGCUUAAAUUACAUCAGCGAACACAUACUGGAGAGAAGCCUCACCACUGCCCUGAUUGCGACAGAAGUUUUGCUCGAUUAGAUAAGCUAAAGAUCCACCAAGAAAUGCAUAUAGGAGUGAAGUCUCACCACUGCCCUGAUUGCAACAGAGGUUUUACUCGUUUAGAUAAGCUUAAGUCACACCAAAAAAUACAUGCAAAAGACAAACAUAUUUUUCACUCCUCUGACUGUGUGAAAAGCUUUGUCCUAUUGGAGAAGCUUGAAAAACACCAGCUGGAGAAUACCUUCAAAGCUACCAGCAGUGCAUCCAAUGUAGAUCGUGUGCUCACACAGCAGAGAACAUUCAGCAAAGUCAGAGAGAGUAAAAGGCAGCCGAGUAAAAUACGAGCUAGAGCUCCCGGAAAGAGAACACCAUCACAUAGCAAAACAAUGCAUGAGAAGGAAGAGGAGCCCCUAGAUACUGAUGACUCUGAUGAUUGGAUUGAGAGUUUCGGUCCUGGAGGAGAGAAGCCUCACUACUGCUUUGACUGCGGUAAGAGCUUUAGAAAAGUGAGGGAUCUUAUAAGACACCAGCGAACACAUACAGGAGAGAAGCCUCACCACUGCCCUGUUUGUGACAGAACRUUCGCUAGAUUAGARAAACUUAAAUUACACCAAGAAAUACAUACAGGAGUGAAGCCUCACCACUGCCCUGAUUGUGAGAGAAGUUUUGCUCGAUUAGAUAAUCUUAAAUUACACCAAAAAAUCCAUAUUAAAGAGGAACAUGUCACGCUGAACCAUCAAACUAAAAUGAAUGUUGACUGUUUGCACACACAGCAGAGAACAGCCAGCAGAGGCAGGCAGAAGAGUAAAAUGCGAGCUAGUGCACCAGGGGGGGAAAUGGUCCAGUCACAGCCAGGCAAAGACUCCACUUACAGAAGUUCAGUUCGAAAGAAUCAACACUCAGAAAAACUGCAACAAUCCCAAACAACGCAGGAGAAUGAAGAGGAUCCUGAAGGUACUUCUGAUAACUGGACCAAGAGUGUCAGAACUGUAGAGAAGCCAUACAUCUGCUCCGACUGUGGUAAGAGCUUCAGACUAGAGAAUCGUCUUAUAAGACAUCAGCGAACACAUACAGGAGAGAAGCCUUACGACUGCCCUGACUGUGACAAAAGUUUUGCGCGAUUAGAUCAUGUUAAGUCACACCAAAAAACACACAUGAAGGAGGAACGUAAUUUCCACUGCGCUGACUGUGUGAAAAGCUUUGUCCGAUUGGAACAGCUUGAAAAACAUCAGCUAACACACAAGAAAAGUUACAGCUGUUCAAAGUGUGAGGAAAGGUUUUCAGACCUGGUUGACUGGAAAGCACACUUUUUAGUACACAGAGAGAUCCUCCACUGUCCUGACUGCGAUAAGCAGUUCUUAUACAAGGGACUUUUUGAAAGACACAGGAGAACACAUUUGAGAAAAAGAGAAAAAUUUCUCUGCACAAUAUGUGGGAAGGAAAUUCACAACUUUAAAAUACACAUGCGAGUACACACGGGAGAGAAACCAUAUCACUGCACUGAGUGUGGGAAGAGUUUUGCAUAUACAAAAUCGUACAAAACACAUAUAUUAACACAUACCUCUGGAGAAAGAGCAACCUAUCCUUGUUUGGAAUGUGGAAAGACAUUUACUCGCAUAGAUGGCAUGGUGAGACACGUGAGGAGGGUUCAUACUGGAGAGAGAAAUCAUCAGUGCGGAGACUGUGGGAAAAGAUUCUUUCGAAAAGAGUCAUUGAAGAGACACAGUCUAGUUCACACUGGAGAGAAACCAUACCAAUGCUCUGUCUGUGGGCAACGCUUCUCCCAAGAUGGCGACAGAAAACGUCACGAGAAGAGGCACUACUCUGGUGUCUCAGAUUUCCUCGAUCUAUAAUGCAGAAGUGGUGUUUGGCAUUGCAGGAAUCCACCCAGUGUGAUUUCUAACCAGUUGUUCUUUCGCCUCCAGGUGGCCUGGAAUUGCCACCACAGACUGUAGCUGAUACACAACAAGUCUGAGUAUUACUGUUAGCAUAGCAGUAUUUCUUUUUUUUCAAAAGUCUUAUUUUAAAUGUGUUUUAAUAUUUUGUUUCAACAAAAGCAUAGUAUACUAUCAAUAGGGGUCAUUGUUCAAUUAUGGGCCUUCCCCAUUGGUGAUUUGCAGUCAGCUAUAUUGUAUUAAAGAUGCACAAUGCAGAUAUCGCUCCACAAUUUUCCUGGUUGCUAAAAUUCUAAUAGAUCGCUUAAUUUCAGUUUAUGUGACAUAACAAGCAAGGAUAGUGUACAAUUGUACCAUCUAUACCGGUUGUGAAAUAUAUUUUCCAGAACCAAAAAUAAUGUAUUUUCAGCUCGUGUCCAAAACCGAAAGUAAAAGAGGGCAACUUCCGAAUGGGAAGCGUAGAAAUCUAUCGCUUCUUAGACUUGAUUUCGAUGAGAAUUACAGAUCUAUAACACACAUUUAUGUGAAUUUGGUCAGGUCGCCCAAGAAGUUACAUAUUGCAGCUUUAAUGUUGAUAUUUUGAUUAUCAGGUGGGCCACACGCUACUUUGAAAUAAUGCCUAUGAAAGGUUCCCAACUACGGCCUUCAGCGAGUGUAUACGUUUGUCUGGAAUGUGCUCUUAAGCUGCAGAGGUCAAACAAAUUCUCCAGCUGGCUGCCACCAAUGAGGUAUCAGCGACCCGGAGUUAGGGCAGGGCGGGCAUCUACAGAUCAGAUGCACCACUGAACACUACAGACAAAACCCAAUACCUUAAUACCUUGCCUGGCUUCCCAUUUACAUCGAUCCAGCCAACUGACGUUUCUUCUCCACGAUGAGUCUGGAUUUGCCUUAGAUUUCUAGAAUACGAACACGUUCUGACCGUUCUGAUUGAUCCCAGAAAUCGAUGGGUUGGCCCAACGCCAGCCUCCAUGAUGAUGUUAUCAACUUUGCAUGGUUAAGAUUUGUUAGACUAUCCAAUCGCUGAUUAAUUUGUUUUGUACAAUGCUCCUCAUUUUGAAGUCGCACAAAUGACUUCUAGGUUGGCAAUGCCUUCAGAAAGUAUUCAUACCCCUUGACUUAUGCCACAGUCUGUUGUGUUACAGCCUGAAUUCUAAA